AUGACCGCUUCAUUUGAUGUCGAGGAAGUGCUUUCCAAGCUAAACGUUGUAGAAAAGGUCUCUCUACUCGCAGGAGCCGACUGGUGGCACACCGUCGCCCUCCCGAAGCAUGGCGUCCCAGCAAUCCGCGUCUCAGACGGCCCCAACGGCGUCCGCGGCACCCGCUUCUUUAACGGAGUUGCAGCAGCGUGCUUCCCAUGCGGGACCGCCCUGGGCGCCACAUGGGACGUCGAGCUCCUGCACCAGGCCGGCGUUGUCAUGGGACAAGAAAGCAAAGCGAAGGGCUCGCACGUGAUUCUCGGUCCGACGAUCAACAUGCAGCGCUCUCCGUUGGGCGGGAGAGGGUUCGAGAGUUUGAGCGAGGAUCCGGUGCUCGCGGGCCUGGGGGCCGCGGCGUUGGUUAAUGGGAUUCAGGAGACGGGGGUGGUGGCUACGAUUAAGCAUUUUGUGUGUAAUGACCAGGAGCAUGAGAGGAAUGGGACGGAUGCUAUUAUUACGCAGAGGGCGUUGAGGGAGAUUUAUGCGUUGCCGUUUCAGUUGGUUGUGAAGGAGAGUAAUCCGGGGAGUUUUAUGUCGUCUUAUAAUAAGGUGAAUGGGACGCAUGUUAGUGAGAAUCCAAAGAUUUUGGGUGAUAUUCUCAGAGAGGAAUGGGGUUGGAAGGGGUGCAUUAUGAGUGAUUGGUGGGGAACAUACUCAACAUCUGAAGCCAUCAACGCCGGACUCGACCUCGAAAUGCCAGGUGCCACCAAAUGGCGCGGAGAAAUGCUCGUCCAAGCAGUAGGCGUCAACAAAGUAGCACAACACGUCUUAGACGAACGAGCUCGUAACGUCCUCACCCUCGUCAACCGCUGCUCCGCAUCCAAGAUUCCCGAACGAGCUGAAGAAAAAACAGCAGACACCCCAGAAACAGCUGCUUUACUCCGAAAGAUAGGCGCUGAGUCCAUCGUCUUAAUGAAAAACGAAGGAAGUAUCCUUCCCUUGAAGAAAGACAAGAAAACACUCAUCCUCGGCCCCAACGCAAAAGUAGCCACCUACCACGGCGGCGGCUCCGCGUCCCUUCUGGCCUAUUAUGCCAUCACCCCUUUCGACGGCAUCAAAUCCCAACUCACCACCGAACCAACCUACACCGUCGGCUGCUACGCACACAAAGAGCUCCCCCUCCUCGGCAACAUCCUGCACACAGCCUCAGGCGAACCGGGCGUCUCAUGGAAAGCCUACAACGAGCCUCCGUCCGUCAAAGACCGGAAAUGUGUCGACGAGCUUAGGUUAACUAAGACCGAGUUUCUGUUGAUGGAUUAUAAUCCCCCGGCCAUCAAGGCCUUGCUCUGGUAUGCUGAUAUCGAGGGCUAUUUCACCGCCGAAGAGGACUGUGAGUUUGAGAUGGGGCUCGGGGUUUAUGGGACGGCGAAACUGUUUGUGGAUGGGGAAUUGUUUAUUGAUAACGAGACUACGCAAACGAAAGGGACGCUAUUCUUUAACUGCGGGACCGUGGAAGAGAAGGGGAUAGUGCCUGUCAAGAAAGGGCAGAAAUACCACGUCAAAGUCGAGUUUGCGAGCGCGCCGACUUGUAAGUUGGAUCAAGGGAGUAACGUGUUAUUCGGAGGUGGAGCCGUCAGAAUCGGAGGCGCGAAAGUCAUCGACGCUGAGAAGGAAAUCGAGCACGCAGCAGCAUUAGCCAAGGGCGCUGAACAAGUCAUCAUCUGCGCCGGUCUAAACUACGACUGGGAAACCGAAGGCUCAGACCGCGAAACCAUGGACCUCCCGGGCCACAUGAACGCGCUCAUCACCGCCGUCUCCACCGCAAACCCCUCCACGAUCGUCGUAACCCAAUCCGGAACCCCCGUCUCCAUGCCCUGGCUAUCCUCCGUGCCAGCCCUGAUCCACGCCUGGUACGGCGGCAACGAGACCGGCAACGCCAUCGCGGACAUCCUCUUCGGGGCCGUGAACCCCUCCGCCAAACUCCCGCUCUCGUUCCCGCGGCGGCUGCAGAAUAACCCCGCGUUCCUGAACUAUCGGACGGAGAGGGGCAGGACGCUGUAUGGCGAAGAUGUGUAUGUCGGGUAUCGGUGGUACGAGAUGUUGGAUCUGGAACCGUUGUUUGCUUUCGGGCAUGGGUUAUCUUAUACAACAUUCUCCUUCACCGAUCUCAAGAUCUCCACCAUCUCCACCACCUCCCUCUCCUCCUCCUCCUCCUCCUCGUCUUCGGAAAUCCUCAAAAUCCAACUGAAAAUAACAAACACAGGCCCCCUCCCCGGCGCAGAAAUAGCGCAACUCUACAUCUCCCAAGAAAAACCUAGCAUCAAACGCCCCAAAAAGGAACUAAAAGGCUUCACAAAGGUGUUUUUACAAAAGGGAGAGAGUAAAAUUGUGAGUAUUGAGGUGGAGGUUAAAUACGCGACGAGUUUCUGGGAUGAGGUGAGGGGGGCUUGGGUUAGUGAGAGGGGGAAGUAUGGGGUUUGGGUGGGGGGGUCGAGUCGGGAGGGGAAGGGGGAGGGGGAGGGGGAGGGGGGGGUUUUCGAGGUUGAGAGGACGGGGUGGUGGACGGGGUUGUGA